CUGUUGCUCUCCUACCCCGCUAGUUCGUCCGGAGUCUCUUCGGGGAGACUAGAAACAGCUCGACUGAAAGUCCCAGCCAUGGAAGGCGACAACAUAAUAAUGCCUGUUUAACCCUGGGACGUUUUUCAAGAUGCCAGGCCUUUUGUCCAGUCCUGUGUGUCUGACAGUCAUCUGGUUUUUAUCUUGGUCGCUGCAUCUUAGUUGUGCUCAGAUUUGGACCUAUGAAGUGUCGGCCGUGCAGUAUGGGCGCUUGGAGUCGAAUGUGACACUGGCAUGCGGGAAAUCACAAAUCAGAACACCUGUGGUGUGGCAUCUCAACCACAGCUCAGCGCUGCCAUGGCACAGAGUGGCAUCAGACGGCACGCUGGUCCUGCUCCACGUCGAGCACACGGCGCAGGGCGUCUACAGCUGCUAUGAUAACCAGGGGCUGCUCCUUCACUCUGUCAAACUCAGGCUCGGCCAUCCCCCGGGGCUACUGAGCGUUUCCUGUCAAGUGCCCAAUCACACACAUGUCCGCUGCUCCUGGGUGGAAUCAGUGAAGACCUUCCUGCCAGCCCAAUAUAAUGCCUCCUUCAGGGGCAACGGUCAAGAAUGGCGGCCAUGUGUCCUGAAUGUCGCCAGGAAGCAUUGCGACGUGGAUCACCCGGCCUUCUGGCAGACCAUCCACACCCUUAGAAUCACCGAGACCAACGGCCUUGGGUCUGAGACAACAUAUGUCCGCUUUAAGUUACACGAGCUGUUGAAACCAGACCCUCCACAGUCAGUGAUGGUGAAGGACCUGGAAGGUUACCCAAAGAGACUGAUUGUCUCGUGGGAGAUUCCCUCCUCGUGGCCGUUGCACGCCGCGUUCCCCCUAAUAUUUCAGAUCAGAUACAGACCGCAGGGCUCUGUAUACUGGUCAGAGGUUUACUCAGAGGAAAGUCCUGUCGUGAUAUUCGAUGCUCUGGCCGGCUACGUGCACCAGGUGCAGAUACGCGCCCAUGACGAGGUCAACGCUGAGAGCCAGUGGAGUGAAUGGAGUCCGCUGCUUUUAGUCCGGCCCUGGGAAGCAUACACAACCCCCGACCCUUCAGAGGAUCUCCCACCAGAUGUAACAGACUAUUUCUUCCCUUUCAACGCAAAGCCUGAAAACGCAACUGAAAAGUCACACAAUCCUGAACUUGAGGGCGACAGUAAUUUGGGUUUGGUGAUUUUGCUGGUUUUGUUCUCCGUGGUCAUCCUCAUCACCGUCCUUUCCCUCAUCUAUGUUGUGUGGGUGAGGCAGCAGCGGCGUGAUCAUGUGACCAAACAGGAACUCACCUCUAUGGUCAAGAUGAAGUCCAUGCCAAUCUAAAGUCCAUUUCAAGCAUCCUCUGUUCAUUGGCCCGUUCUAGGGCUCCACCUUGGAGUCGGCCUCCGCCGACCGUCCACAUCCAUCUACGUCAACCACAACGCAACAGAGUCCUUCAGGAUCCGGGGGGGGGGGGCGACAGGGACGAAACACGUAUACAGGGAAACUGCAGAACAAGAGACAAGCUGCAGGAUUUUCCCCCCCGGACGUUUACCUGCAGCACCCACUCCCCCGCCCACAGCGACACAUGAUCCGUUCCGUCACGUCAGCAGCUUCACUGCAACUCCCUCCUCGGCAGACAGGGGGCGAGCGACCCUGCAGCGGGUCACUCACUACUCACUACCGAUUUGCUGCUUCACGUGGACAUGGAUCCCUCGAGAGGGGAGACGAUAACCUUUGAAACUUUAAAUAACGAUUAAUUAACGACAGGAAGUGCAGCUGCCAAACAGGAGAACAUACAGUAGGUUUGCUUUUGAGAGAGAACUCACUCACUCACUCGCUCACACGCUCACUUUUAUUUUGAAUUUAGUUUUUUUGCUCACAUUCAUCGUGAGACAAAGAUGAACCGUUUGUCCGUUACGACACCAACUGACUGACCGACUCAAUGCUGUGAAGGAAGCAUAACUGCCAGACUCUCUCUCUCUCUCUCUCUCUCUCUCUCUCUCUCUCUGUGCAUCUGAUGCCAAAGCAGCGACAGUGGGCAUUAUGGUCUGAGCUGAGGGGGCAGGAAAAAGGUCCAGGCGAGGGCGACCUGGGUUAUUUAGACUAUAUUUUCCAUUUAUGACGAGUGAUUUUUUUUUUUUUUUUUAAGUUGCAUGAUGUUUUUUUUUUUGUUUUGUCGUCUGAUGUUUUUGUAUUUUUGUGUUAUACCUCUUGUCUUUCCCCCUCCAUCCGUAGUUGUUGUGUGUGAAGAAUGGAAGGAGUUCGGGAGAAGAAAGAGAGAUGCAGGCCUUUCACAAACCCACCAGCAUCAGCACGUAGUGAAGAGUAAACCUUAGAUAUUUAACUCUUCGGUCUGAACUAGAAAACACUUCUUUCUCAGGUUUGGUCAUAGUUUAACGUCGCAUUGAAUCAGUUCAACUUGGAAAUAAUCGAUUAUUCCCUCAUUUAAUCAAGGAAUUUGAUUUUAAACGAGUAAUUCCUCCGCUUUUAGCACUUGGCCCUUAUUUUGAAAUGAAUACGUUAUAAACGUUGAGCUUUUGAGUCUUUUGCCUCCAAUAUCUGUCACUGAUACGAUUAAAAAAACUGAUAGAUUAUAUCCCAAAAUGUAAAAUUAUAUGCAGAGAACAUUUUAACCAGAGUAUAUUAAGAAAAAAAUCACCUUAGCUUCAAGUCUUUAGGGGAAAUUGCACUUAUUAAAGGUCCAGUGUGUAAGAUUUAGGAGGGUUUAUGACGUAAGUGCACAAUUACCUAAAAAAAAAGGCUUAAAAAUAAGCCUUUUUAUAUGUACGAAGGCCAGAGUAGAGAGGGGAAAAGAGAAGUUGAUUGUGGGUUGCAAUCUGCAGUUUCACCAUUAGAUGUCACUCAUUCUUACACACUGGACCUUUAGGUAACGUUGACGUUGUGUCUUUUCAAUAAUUCUGGAGAAAAGUGA